AUGGCUCGACCCCCGCUGGUGGAAGUACAAGAUGCAACCAAUGAGCAGAUCCGAGAUGCCAUGGACCUGGCCAGAAUGAACCCCAACUUGAGUUUCUCCGACGCCCUGGCUUCCACCGUGGGCAAGAAGAGAGCCAGAAGACGGCCGAAGAGCAAGCGGGGAAAUGGCAAGCCUACCGGCUUUGAAGAAUACUUUGCCGAUGGCCCUCUCACGCCAAAUGAACACGCCGAGAUGCUUGAGAUCUUCAACCCCCGGAUCGAAGAGGCCCUAAGACGUUUCCAAUUCAGACGUCGUAUUGAGCCAGCCAGACUGAACAUGUUCUCGAAAUACCUGAAGUAUGGCGGCGUCGAGAUCGGAGCCAAUAUCACAAGUGGGGCAAAUAACCAGGAUCUGAAGAACAUGACCAAGGACCAACUCAUGCAGGCUCGUGCUAUGGCUAAAAUUCAGAAAGAGCGCGCGACGCUGGAUGUGGAUUUUGAUGUAGUUCUUCGGGGCUUCAUGAGCUCAUACUUCAUCAGGUGCUUCAAGCCGGAGACUGAAGAGGUGAUCAAGAUGGCAACUGAGACGAUCAAAAACUUCUACACUUACCUGCUACAGCGCGAUGUAUGCCCUGAAUACACCGACAAUAUGCUUCAAGCUCGCAAGACCUGCGAUCUGGCAGCUAAGGAGCUAUGGCUGAACGUUCAGCUGAUGCGUGAAGGACCUGGACCAUUUAACGAGAGCUGCUCAAUGCUGUUCGGUGGAGCUUUCUUCCAAUCGAAGGCUCCUUUCCCGGGAAGUGAGCUAGAAAAAAGUCGCAAGGAAAAGAUGGAACAUGCCCGAGAUGUUGUCAGAUCCGCAAUUGCAGGUGCUGGUAGCUUUGAACAAGCAAGCAGAUUCCAGAAACUGGUCAACCAGAAGAGAAUCUCGGCCAAGAAAGUCCUCGACAUUGAUGGCUUUGAUAUAUUGUCGGUCAUCCAACCGGAAGCUGGAGUUCUUGAAUUCUAUGAGAAAUUUGCACCUAUGUACGAUGCUGUGGGCCGAGUCAAAGCAGUUUCCUUCCGUGACCCAGCCAAGCCUGAUCCAGAUAUGAGCCCUGAAGAGCGUCGGGAGUGGAACCAUGGCAAGGCUCCGAAGUACAAGUUCGAGUUUCUCGUUGACAAGGCUCUGCUUCCACUGAUGUACCCGGGGUUGAAAGUGAUCUCGGGGGUUUGGGAGCUCAAUUGCGGAGUCUAUUACUUGGACGAGAUUCUGUCGAUCUAUCCCACUUUCUACACGGUCAUCGCCAAUGGUAUGAUGAUGAAGUGGAAGUGGCCAAGGGAUUUGACUUUUGAAGACGAGAAGAAGGCAAAUGGGGAGUCUAAGAAUGCAGUGUACUGGACUACCGAUGUUGACGCUCCCAAGCAGACUGCUCGGAAGGGAAGCCCGAGUGAAGGUGAUGGUUAA